GGCACGGCACGGCUCGGCUCGGCUCGGCACGGCGGGGUUCGGCAGGGCUCGGCGAGGCAGCGCGGUCCCCGGAGCCGCAGGGCUCGCUCGCCCUCUCUGAUUCUUGGAUAGAGCUGGGAUUAAUUUGAGCUCUCCUGCUUGAAAGCGAUGUUCCGUUUAAAAUUCCCGAUCCCGAAGGCGUGCUGGGUUUUGGUUCUAGGGAUGGCGCCCACGGGGACCGAGGCCGCCCCGGCCCGCCGGUGAGGUGCCCCCCACCAGCCCCCCCGAGCCCAGAGCCCCGAGCACGAUGAACAAACUGACCUUCCACAACAACAGAGUCAUGCAGGACCGACGCAGCGUUUGCAUCUUCCUCCCCAACGACGACUCCCUCAACAUCAUCAUCAACGUGAAGAUUUUGUGCCACGAGUUACUGGUGCAGGUGUGUGACCUCCUGAGGCUGAAGGACUGUCACCUCUUCGGGCUCAGCGUCAUCCAGAACAAUGAGCACGUGUACAUGGACCUGGCCCAGAAACUCUACAAGUACUGCCCCAAGGGCCACGAGUUACUGGUGCAGGUGUGUGACCUCCUGAGGCUGAAGGACUGUCACCUCUUCGGGCUCAGUGUCAUCCAGAACAAUGAGCACGUGUACAUGGACCUGGCCCAGAAACUCUACAAGUACUGCCCCAAGGAGUGGAAGAAGGAGGCCAGCAAGGGGAUCGACCAGUUUGGCCCCCCGAUGAUCAUCCACUUCCGAGUGCAGUACUACGUGGAGAACGGGAGGCUGAUCAGUGACCGGACCGCACGUUACUACUACUACUGGCACCUGCGGAAGCAGGUGCUGCAUUCCCAGUGUGUCCUGCGGGAAGAGGCCUAUUUCCUGCUCACCGCCUUCGCCCUCCAAGCCGACCUGGGAGACUUCAAGCGCAACAAGCACUACGGGAAGUACUUCGAGCCCGAGGCCUAUUUCCCCGCCUGGGUGGUUGCAAAGAGGGGCAAAGACUACAUCCUGAAGCACGUCCCCAACAUGCACAAGGACCAGUUUGCCCUGACGGCCUCCGAAGCCCAUCUCAAGUACAUCAAGGAGGCCGUCCGGCUCGACGACGUGGCCGUGCACUACUACAGGCUCUACAAGGACAAAAGGGAAGUGGAGGCCUCCCUGACUCUGGGGUUGACAACACGGGGCAUCCAGAUCUUCCAGGGCAAGAAGUUCGAGAUCCUGCCUGACGGGCUGCCUUCUGCCAGGAAGCUCAUUUACUACACGGGGUGCCCGCUGCGCUCCCGGCACCUGCUGCAGCUGCUGAGCAGCAGCCACCGGCUCUACAUGAACCUGCAGCCCGUCCUGCGCCAGGUCCGGCGCCUGGAGGAGAACGAGGAGAAGAAGCAGUACCGGGAAUCCUACAUCAGCGACACCCUCGACCUGGACAUGGAGCAGCUGGAGAAGCGCUCCCGUGCCAGCGGCAGCAGCGCCGGCAGCAUCCGGCACAAGCGGCUCUCCCGGCACUCCACUGCCAGCCACAGCAGCUCCCACACCUCCGGCAUCGAGGCCGACCCCAAGCCCAGGGAGAUGGGGCCCGACGAUGGCUUCUCCGGCGCCGGCGCCCACCGCAAGCUGAAGACCUGCAGCUCCAUGACCAGCCACGGCAGCUCCCACACCUCCGGCGUGGAGAGCGGCGGGAAGGACCGGCUGGAGGAGGACUCCCAGGACGACGAAAUAGAGAUGCUGGUGGAUGACCCCCGGGAGCUGGAGCAGGCUGGAGACAUGGAGGUGAGCCCCGACAUGUGCGUCUACAUCACCGAGGACAUGCUGCUGUCCCGCAAGUUCAACGGGCACUCGGGGCUUAUCGUGAAGGAGAUCAGCUCCUCCACCUCCAGCUCCUCGGAGACGGUGGUGAAGCUGCGGGGGCAGAGCACCGACUCCCUGCCCCAGACGUCGUGCAGGAAACCGAAGACGUCGACGGACCGGCACAGCCUGAGCCUGGACGACAUCCGGCUCUACCAGAAGGACUUCCUGCAGCUGGCCAACCUGUGCCAGGACACGGCGCAGAGCUACACCUUCGGCUGCGCCCACGGGCUGGACGAGGACGGGCUCUACUGCAACGGCUGCCUGGCCCAGCAGUGCAUCAACAUCCAGGAGAGCUUCCCCGUCAAAAGAACCAGCAAAUACUUCUCCUUGGACCUCACCCACGACGAAGUCCCCGAGUUUGUGGUCUGAGCGCCUCGGCGGGAGGUUGGGGGCAGGACCGAGGCUGCCCGCCCUCGGGGCGUUUUUUUGGGGGGGGAGGAUGGGGCUCCCUGCCCUGCACUGGGGGCGUCCACAGCGCCUUCCCCCAGGCCCUGCCCCGC